AUGUUCCGUCCAAACCUGACUUCCUCUGUUCUGUUGACCUUUCUACUGCCCUUUUCCGCCGUCCCUCAUUGCAGGCAAUACGAGGAUCGGGAACUACGGGUAGCCAAAGAACGUGAUCGGAAACGCAUCGAGUUCGUCAACCAACUACAGCGCUUAAACAAUCAGCUGGAAUAUGAGCGCUCUCGUGACACAGCAGCGGCUGUUAAACGAUGGGAAGACGCAGUGGCAGCUGAGAGGGUGGAAAUGGACAAGUGUAAAAAACAAGAAAAAAAGAUAAAGGAAGAGAUGGAGCAAGAGGAGAGUCGAAAGAUUGAUUUAGAAUCCCGAAUCGGCGAUCUCAAAAGCAGAGUUGAGGCAUUAGAUAUCGAACUGUCUGAUGUGCGACGCCGUUUAAUCACCAAACAGAGAGAUAUUCAACGACAACAAAAGGAGCUCAAUCAAUCGGAGGCUCGUUUGGAAUCAAGACGGGCUGAGCGGCACUCGCUGAUCCAGUCAGCUAAGAUGGAUGACCUCGAAAUUCCUUUGAAGUCAAGAGGUAGCCCGAUUACUGAACUCGAAAGUCAACUUUCUAUGGACACCGAAAAUACUGACCAAACUACGGAAGAAUUGGCCCGAAUUUACGAACUUGAGUCUCGUCUUCCGAUUGAUUUCAAACGUCUCGAAAAACCGCUGAGACAUCUAGCAGAUGAAAAAGAAGUUUCCCGGAGAGCCGAAGAGAUGCAGAACCAGAUCGACUCCAUGCUAAACAAUUUGUCUCGCAUACAGGCACCAAAUCUUCGAGCGAGCGAUAAGCUUGGCAACGUUGAAGAACGGUUACGUUCGACUGAAGCGGAGUUUGAGGAAACUCGCCGCCGAGCGAAGCGGGCUAAAGCCAGAUUUGAACGCGUUCGGCGCCUACGAUACAACGCCUUCAUGAAUUGUUUUUUAUCUAUCUCUGACAAUAUCGAUCCCAUCUAUAAAAGUUUAUCGCGCAACCCCGGUGCUCAGGCCAGUCUGCUUCCUACGAAUGCAGAAGAACCUUACCUGGAAGAGAUUCAGUUCCAGUGCGUCGCUCCCGGCAAGCGCUUUCAGCAAAUGGACAGUCUAUCUGGUGGCGAAAAGACAAUAGCUGCACUGGCUCUUCUGUUUGCUAUGCACAGCUACAACCCGUCUCCAUUCUUUGUCCUGGACGAAAUCGAUGCUGCUCUGGAUAACACAAACAUCGGCAAGGUCGCCAGUUUUAUCAGAGAAUAUGCCUCGGCCCGCGCUCAGAUUAUCGUUAUAUCUUUAAAGGAGGAGUUCUAUAGUCGCGCUGACAGUUUGAUUGGGAUUUAUCCAGAUAUUGAGGCUAACUGCUUAGCGCGAUUCAUUUCUCAUAUUGAACAUCUACUCUCGUGCUGCGAUGAGUUGAACCCCCAAUCCCUGGAUUCACAAACGAAUCGUGUUGUUUUGGGCUCUCCUACGUCUCCAUUUCGGGCCGUAAUUUCGCUUUACGACGAUCUAAUUUAUGAAGCUGUAAGUCUUGUUGUGAGAACUGCACUUGCGAUAUUUGUGUUAAGGGUUGUUGUGAAGUAUUUCGGUUUGAGGUACGCACCCACUCCACUUUGUAGUUUGUUUGUUUGCAUGCAGUUGUCAGCACAUGAAACGGUUACGGUGAUGUUUCAACUGAACCCACUCCAGAUCCGCUCGCAUAUUAUCCCUCUAUACCUGUUCGCAUGUAGAUGGCCGACCAUCGUUUACUUUGCAUUGGUCAACUAA